CGUGGACCUGAGGAUCCAUGGGUAUAUCCACCUGGCUUAUGAUAUUCUUCAAUACCAACAAAUCUUUGCAUCCAGGAUUAUUGGUUCGGCUUGGCCGUUACCUUGAAAUCAUUCGUCUACAAGUAUUACCGCCGCUAAAACGUUUAUCCAUUGUCCCAGACGCAGAGCAAACUUCGAAGUAUCGAUAACAGUUCUGCUUGAUUUGAAAUCAAUCCGGGCUCGCAGACAAUUUGAUCUUGCCCUUAUCGUGGACAUCCACAGCCACGGAAGCAAACUUUUAGGCAAAGGCCUAUUUCGCAGGGACCUAAUUAGGGGCUUCGCGUUCAGACAGACUAGCACCGAUUAGGUGGCAACAAAUAAUCAAUGUCGACCGCGUUCCUACGGGGAAAGGACCAGAACGACGUUGCUCUCCCAUUAGAAUUAUUGCUACCCGACAUAAUCACCAUGUCCGCUCCCCUUAUUUUCAUCACCGGUGCCACUGGUUUUAUUGGCAGCACCACCGCGGUCGAGGCUCUGAAGGCGGGAUAUCGACUUCGAAUUGGCGUCCGCAAGAGGUCAGAGAAGCUCGAAGAAGUAUUGUCAAGCUACUUCGACCAGCUGGAAUUUAUCACUAUCCCCGACCUGACUGAUGAAGCUGCCUUUAGAGGCAAGCUUGAUGGAGUGGACUUUGUUCUGCAUUUAGCAUCACCUCUUGCACGUGGCACAGAUCAGGAUGCGAUUUUUACCCCUGCAGUGGAGGGAACCCUGGCCUUGCUCAAGGAGGCAGCUAAAGCGCCAAGCAUCAAAAAGGUCGUGAUUACUUCGUCCAUCGCGUCGCUGAUUCCUAUUACCGGAGUACCCGAAGGUGGUAUCAUUAAAGAGGAAAACGACUGGAAUUUCAAUGUGGACCCAAUGGCCGAUUUCGUUGAUCCUAACAAUCCCGAUGCAACACCAAUGACGUUGUACCGAGCAUCCAAACUGCUUGCAAACAACGCCACCUGGAGGUUUUGGGAAACCGACAAACCACAUUUCUCAUUGGUCACUAUUCAUCCAGCAUUUGUUUUUGGUACCAAUCUCAUGCAAACUUCCGCCCAGGAAGUCCAAACAGGAUCCAACGGAAUUCUCUGGGGUAGUUUGAUGGGAGGCGUUCCACUCGGCGGUAUUAACGGUGUGCACGUCCAGGACGUUGCUGAAGCUCAUAUCAAGGCUUUAGACCCAAAGAUCAAGGACGGCUCAAAGUAUCUGCUUUCCGGUCCCCCAACAACUUGGAAAGAAGUGGCCAAGGUGGCACUCAAAUCCUACCCCCAUGUUGGCAUGAAGAUCACUGAGGAGGUUGAAAGAAUUCCUUCCAUGCCUACUGAUACGACCAAAGCAGAGGUUGAGCUUGGAAUGAGAUGGAGAUCAUGGGAUGAGAUGGUGCGUGAUGUGAUAGAUCAGCAGCUGGGCUUCUUGCAAGGCUGAGUUAGACACGCUGUGUUUUCCUUUAUCCGCUCUAUCCGCUCGGGCUAUCCAUUUCCGUUGGCAAUUUCUCGGCGUGGGCCUUGUCUUCUGGCUCAGCAGAAUCAUGAGGACAGGAAUACUGCCGAAUUUCAAAUUCAGAUUCUCCACCUUAUGCUCACAGACUGUGUUUCCAGACGUAGCCUGAAGCACGCUAGUCUAUAUUAGGUUUCGCUGCAGAUUCCUCUAAUGCUUGAAAUAGACCAGGAAUUGAUAGGGACACUACAGGUUUACCGGAGACACUGCGAUGAACAUAAUCCCCGGCCGAUCUGACCACCCACCAC